AAAAUUUAUAGGAUUCGCAUUUCGCAACGAAAAGAACUUGGGUAAGAUAAUAUUUUUCGAUAAUUUAUAGGAUAGCUAAUAAAUUAUUUGCUCCUGGAUACACAUAAAACGACUUUGGGCAAUGAUAGUUUGUUUCGAGCCGGAAUGGAGGUAAAACUUUGGAAGUCACUCGCGCAUAUUUAUAAUUCAGGACUUUGUUUGUGUGCAUAAGGAUUCAUUUAAUAUAUUAUGAGAGGAAGCACUUUUAUCAACGUGAAUAGGUCUCUUGGACACAAUAACACAGACAGCCGAUUCGAAAGACUGUCCAGGAGUUUGCGUUCAUGCGUUCGCCACAAUUUUUUGCUAUGACGUAUUGGAUGACGUCGCCUGUCCAUCAUCCUCCAUGAAAUGUUGUAUUGAAACUCCAGCUAUGAAUGACACUCUUUCCAAUGUUAGCAGUACAUUAAAGUACGAGAGUACAACUCUAUAUAGCACUACUACUGCUCUCAGUACUAUAAGUACCACUACGUUAAGUACCACGACUGUUCCAAGUACUACAAACCAGACAGUACUGCAGAAACCAAAAAAUUCUACAGAGAGAGAUGAUGGUGCUAAAGCGUGUGCAGAAAAACGCGGAGUAUGUGUUGCCGAGCGUGUAGCUGACUACUGCGAAGCUAUUCUUAACAUUACCAGUUUGUGUAAGCCUGGACUAAAAUGCUGCGUCUCCAGCGACGCAUACGGUGAUAAACCACCCUCCGAACUAAUUUUCCCUAACAAAACCAAAACUAACAUUACCAAAGUAGAGACUAGAACUACGCCAAAGAGUACUACACUAACCCCACUGAGUACGACUGCUCAGACGCAAGUUACGACACCACAUUUGGUCAAGAUGAACCCCACAACGAAUCGACCACAAAUUUUGAAAGAGUGUAGUGGUGAGUGUGUAACUGGGCUUUUUGCUUUGUUUUGUGAUGAUGUGGACACUGAUGCGGUAUGUCCUAAUGGAGAAAGCUGCUGUAUUACUACUGCGUUGAGUGAAGAAUCCGUCACGUCACGACCCCAAGUUGUGAGAACCACAACACCCCAACCAACUACAAGAGAUCCAGGUCCAAUUUGUCCUGGUUUUUGUCUUCUAAACAUAAUGGCAGCUUUUUGCAAAACACCAUCUGUUCUUAUACCACAUACAUCCAAUUGCAAACGGGGUUCAGUAUGUUGUGAUAAUACUCGAACUAGUACUUUUGCACCUAAGCCCAGACCACAUGAACCACAUUAUCCGACAACUAUUUCAACUACAGUAGAUCCCAGACCUGAUUGCCCUGGUUCGUGUAUAGUAUCGUACUUAAGUUUCACUUGCUUUAGAAAUGCCGAAAUGACUGAAAUUUUUAAAUGUAGAAAAUCAGGCACAAAAUGUUGUGCCCCUAAAUCUUCAAUAAAAGAAGCUUUGGGACAGAAAGAUGAAGCACCUCCAAAGGAUAACACGACAACUAACCCGUUAACUGCUCCAUUUAGUGUUCAAUCUGUUACGAUACCAACCACAACAGACAUAUCAAAGUCUGCGGUGACAACUCAACGGAAUCAACUAUACAGCAAAUACGUAUGUGGCGUGAAGGGCACAUCAAGAAUGGGUAGGGUAGUGGGUGGAGAAGAUGGAGAACAAGGCGAAUGGUGUUGGCAAGUUGCUCUGAUCAAUAGUUUAAAUCAAUAUUUGUGUGGAGCUGCUUUGAUCGGUACGCAAUGGGUUUUGACUGCUGCACAUUGUGUAACAAAUAUUGUCCGUUCUGGAGACGCAAUUUACGUAAGAGUAGGAGAUCAUGAUCUAACUAAAAAAUAUGGUAGUCCUGGAGCUCAAACUUUGAGAGUUGCUACUACUUAUAUUCAUCACAAUCACAACAGUCAAACGUUGGAUAAUGACAUAGCUUUGCUAAAGCUACAUGGACAAGCGGAGUUGAAAGAUGGAGUGUGUCUAGUAUGCUUACCAGCUAGAGGAGUUAAUCAUGCGGCUGGAAAGAGGUGUACUGUGACUGGAUAUGGGUAUAUGGGAGAAGCUGGUCCAAUUCCCUUAAGAGUAAGAGAAGCCGAGUUGCCCAUAGUUAGUGACGCCGAAUGCAUCCGAAAAGUCAAUGCGGUUACUGAAAAAAUAUUUAUUUUGCCGGCGAGCAGCUUUUGUGCAGGCGGAGAGGAAGACAAUGAUGCAUGUCAGGGUGACGGUGGAGGACCACUCGUAUGUCAAGAUGAUGGAUUUUAUGAAUUAGCUGGCUUAGUAUCGUGGGGCUUCGGAUGUGGCAGAGUUGACGUUCCAGGUGUUUACGUCAAGGUAUCCUCAUUUAUCGGCUGGAUUAAUCAGAUUAUCAGUGUUAAUAAUUUGUAAUUAACUUCAAUUUUACAACAAAAUCAAUCUGUUCCUAAAGUAGCUAGUUUGAAUUGAAUACACUAUACAACUGAUCUGGACUAGGUAUAUCCUAGAUCUCGAAUUAUUUUUUUUUGAUGAACUGGAGUCGAUAAAAACAAAAAACUUGAGAUUAAAUUUCUGUGUAUUACUUCGACAUUCCGUCUAAGGUAAUUUGUUUUCACUAAAAAUAAAAUUAUUAAGGAAAGAAUAUGUUAGAAUAUUCUAUUGGUUUGUAUUGAACAUAAAUAGAUACCACCAAAUUAACAUCUACCACAAUAAAAUAUACUAACUAGAAAACACGUAUGGUGAAUCCCUAACAUAUUCACCUGUCAUGUAGAUCUGUUCUCACAAGAGUAGAGUAUCUGACAGUAUGCAAACUCUCAGAAAGCAUCGCUCAUACAUGUUUUCAAUGCCGUCGUUCCAAGGUAAAUUGGUAACCUAGUUGAGCGAUUAUUUCUGACAGUUUGCAAACUGUCAGAGACUCUUGUGAGAACGGACCCAUAAUGUUACAUAAAUAAAUUUAGGGUCACUUACAAAGAUUUGUACAGAUAAUUUGGAUCCGACCAAACGUUUGCCAAUACAGAAAUUUGAUUGUUUUUUUCUUUCUCGACCUCAGUCCAACAUUUUUGUUUUUUGUGAAUUAAACAAUCCAGUUUAUUGAGUUUAUUAGCUUCUUAAUUAUUAUGUCUCAUUUUGCUAGCAGGACAGAUGCCUUUUUCAAAAGUCUGGCAGUAUCCUUAUACUACCUAUGGGCUAGUAAGAGCUGUAAAUAUUUUUUAAUAGUUUGAUAGAUUUUAUUUUAUCGUCCUAAAUUGACGGCAGAAUAAAAUUUCAAAAACAAUCAUUUUAAACUUUAAAUUUCGUUACCAAAUAAGAGGGGGGCGAUAAGUCUAAAUGUUAAAAUAUAUUAUAGAUAAUAUGUUCGAUUUGAGAUAAGCCAACUUAUAUUACAUUAAGAAUAAUUAUAGCUACUAGGUAGUAACUAAUAUUUAAGAAUCAGGGUCGGUGCAACCAUUAGGCGAACUAGGUGGUCGCCUAGACCGGCAAAUCCUAAGAGGCGGCAAAAGAGGCAAAACUAAACAAAAAAACAGAUCAAGAUAAAAAAUAAUUAUCCUAAUAACAUUUUCUCUUAAAUUCUACUUGUCUGCAUAAUAUUCAGGAUUGCAUUUCUUUUGCAAACCCGAACAAAACUUUGUCCCUCUUAUGAGCACAUACUGAACUGUUUCUGCUACCGCGCUAAUAAUUUAAAAAAAAAAUGAGAAUUUGUUCAGGGCCGUUGCUAGGGGUCGAGCGAGCAAGCGGCUGUCUUAUAUGGGCGACCAAACACAUUACUUACCUAUUUUAUAUUAUAAAAAUAUUUUUGGCUCAAAAUUAACGUUUUUGGGUGUGGCAACCAAAAGCAUUUUUUCGCCUCCGGCGGCGCCUGCCGCGAGCAACUGGCAGAGCAGGUUGGCAAUUUUUUGCCAAAGGCAGCCAGGGCUGGGACUCUGUAACAGAUAGAGAUCGUUAUCCCUAUCGCUAUGGCACUUGCUGUCUUCUUCUCUCUUUUCAAAAUCAAUAGAGAAGGGACGUCAAUAGAGAAAGAGAAAAGUAUCUCUAUUCGUUACAGAGUCCCAGCCCAGAAGCCUAACGACGGUCCUGAAUUUGUUAUAUACCGUAAGGUGGGGGUACUUGCAACAGUGGCACAACUUGCAACAAUAUUCUUCGGGUGGAAUUUUUGCUUUCCCCCUCCUCUCGCUUGAGUCGCGCGUCAACCGCUAACGUGUUACCGUUUAGUACGGAUCAGCAGGUUGAAAUGUGAGUAGGUUUAGCGUUGAAAAAAUUUAAACACGAAAAAUUUGGCGCCAUUUUCUGACAGGUCUAGUAAAUGCUCUAAAUUGUUGCAAUAUAACUUCUCCUGUGCAGAGCUUAUUUACGCUAGGAUUUGUAUCAAAUUUGGAUAUGAUGUGCUUGAAUGCUUAGUCUAAAACAUUAAAUAUCUAGUUUUGAGUUAAGUUUGAAGGUUUUCGUAAAUAGAUUUUUUUUUAAAUUGCAUGUACAAAAGUGGGUAACUUGCAACAUGCCUCGCAAAUACAAAAAACAGUUAGGGAGUAGGACCUACCGUAAUUAUUCCAACGAAACUUUGGAAAAUGCAUCGAAAACGGAUCAGGGAUUCGGGAAGCAUCGCGAGAAUUCGGGAUUGACCCAUCAACUCUUUCUCGGAAAAGAAGAAACUUGUUUCCCCUUGAUCCUGGUAGGCAGCCUGUAUUUCCAAAGGAAGAGGAGGAAGCUCAUCAUACCAUGACCAAUUUUUGGCCAAAAUUGACCAAAAUUGGCCAAAAUUAGCCAAUUUUUUUUUCAAUAUUUUGUGUUGCAAGUAAGUUAACCCGCGUUCCUAAAUACAAUUUCUACUGAAAAAAGCCACUUGUUGCAAGUAUCCCCUUGCAGGUGUUCAACUUGCAACACCAAGUUUUUUUAAAAAAUUUAUAUCAAAUAAUAAUUAUGUUCAAAGUUUUUUGUUAGAAACGGAUACUAGACCACAAGACUAAAAUUUUGGCACCAAUUACCUACGUCAAAUUCGACAAAAAAAUAAAGAAGGUAUCCCGCAAAAGAAUUUUGAAAAUGUUGCAACUAACCCCACCUUACGGUAGGUACUUAUAUUUUUUUGAUAUUCUAUAAUCUACAUAUCAUUAUAUUCUGUUGUAGGUCAAGUCUACUUAUUAUGUACAAUCAUUAAUUAAACUAAUUUUUUUUUAUUUUCAAAUAGUCAUCCAUAUUUUAUUUGUAUUUUUACUUGAAGGGGCGGCAGACAGAGUUCGUUUGCCUAGGGCGCCAAAGCCGCUUGUGCCGACCCUGUUAAGAAUAAUCUCACUGUUUCUAGACUUUCUCUGAGAAGUACAAAAAAUGUAUUAAAGCCCUCUUAUGACCUUUAAUUUAUAUCUUUAUUUAUGUAAUUUUAAGUUUACUGUCUACCGAGUAUACAUACCUAGUUAUAGUUUGGCAUACUCAGUAUCAGCGAGUCUAGGAGAAUGCAAAACUGAUUCAGGUAUAUUCUGCUCAAGGGCAUGCACCUCAUGAAAUUAAGGGAAUCGCCGCUGCUCUUAACUUUUUGGAGAUAAAUAUAAAUUUGUAGGUAUGUAGAUAAUAAUAGAAGGAAACUAUUAAUUAUUUUGGAUAAAUAAGAUUUAUUUUAUUUGUUAUGGUAUUUACAAAAUGUAUUAUUACAAGUAUUAUCCCUUUGUCGUACGGUAGGUUCAAGAUUUGUCUGAAGAUUGCAGCCUACGGACGGAAAUCCGUCUGAAAAAGGCACCGUGUGCUGAAACAUGUCACGGCAUCAUAUAAAUAAAAUUUUGGGAAUCUAUAAACUUUUUUGUUAUAUUUCAAAAUUUGUAAUGGAUUUCUCUCAAUAAAUUAUCUUCCCCUUUUACUCAAUUGUUCGGAUAAUAUGUUAUGGCACCCUUGUUUAGAACCGUAUUUGAUUUCGUCCCAAAUACGGCCAUAUGUAUUAAGAUAUCCUCGAAUAGAGAAUUCUGUUAAAACAAGAUUUGGAGUUUUCCAUAUGAAACUAGGUAAUAAAUAAAACAGGUGGAAAAAUGGACUGGACUGGAUUUAUUUAAUAUGAAAAACAGUAGGUUCCUAAUUAUAAAUAAAUAGGCAGAGAAUUGGGGGCUAGUAGAUACAACCUUACAACCCAUCCGUCUCUCCAUCUACCUACCUACUGGUGGGUUCCGGCUCUAUAAAUAAUGAUAAAAUGCAAAUGAAU